AUGGAAAUUGCCAAGAUCUAUAGGUUUUCUACGGGUUUUCGAGGCUUUUCUGGGUCAGCUACCGGCGAGGAUGCUUUGGGCCUCUUGGAGGAAGAACUUUCCCGAGAGACAAAGGCCACUACUGGUCCUGUCCGUCGAGUGGACUGGGAUCAGAGCUUAGUUGAGUUGACCCACAACACCAGGUCACCCAUUCCCUUCAGCGUCAUUGAAGCAUGGAGCAAAGCGCAGCAACGUGCGGAUUGUGGACUUUUUGCAGAGCUCCGCCAUGCCUGGGCUUCCCUGGAUCAAACACUGUACAUCUGGGAUUACUGGGAGCCCAGUGCGGUUCACAGCCUCCCCGGAGACUCUGCGAUCAUCUCGGUGGCCUUGUGCCCAGCAAGAUCCGAAGCCUUCGACGAAGCUCCGGAGUUUCUGCUGGUUAUGGCCACCCGCCUCUCCGUAACCCUGGUGGGUCUCAGCGGUGCUUGGAGCGGCAGCAGGUUGCAGCUGAAGACCUUGGGAUUUUCGGCGCCGACGGAUGGCGCGUUUUUCCAUUCCAUUCGAUCCACCGCGGGUGGGCGCAUCUUUCUGCUCUCGGGGGCUCCACAGAUCUAUGAGCUGUGCUACGGCUCCGAAGGCUGGUUCAGGUCCAAGUGUCGACUGCUGCGGCACUCUGUGGGACUAGGCGGGACCGGGGGAAGUGGGGACCAAUGA